UUCGCAUUUGAAGGUUCGAAGACGGUGCGGGCGCGCGGAGACAUGGGGGCGACGGCGGAACUAGAGAUCGAUACGAGCAAGGAGAUGGAUGGACGAGCGAUGCGAGAACAGGUGCUGAAACAAGCCAUCGACCGCGCCGAUGGAUUCGAGGACGACAAGAAGUAUCGCGGGACGAAUGCGUACGUGGACUAUCGAGCCGGGUUCCGUCGCGAGCAGACGAUUUCGAGCGAGAAGGGCCGAGGGGCGCACGGUCCGAUGCGAGCGGCGACGAAUAUUCGGUCGACUUUCGUCAUGGACUACAAACCAGACAUUUGCAAAGACUACAAGCAAACCGGUUUCUGUGGAUGGGGCGACGCGUGCAAGUUUUUACACGAUAGAGGAGAUUACAAACAAGGCUGGCAGCUCGACAAGGAUUGGGAGCAAAAAGAACAGGCGCGCAAAGCGGCCGAAGCUCGCAUGGCCAAGCUCGGCGAAGAUGGCGUCGCGGAAGAGUCCGAUGAAGAGUAUGUCAACGACAUCCCCGAAUCUUGCGCGAUUUGCGACACCUCCUGGCUCGAAGCGAAGUUUCCAGUCGCGACGGCGUGCGGACACUUUUUUUGCGAGCGCUGCGCGUUGCAACACAACGCCAAGCAAACGACGUGUUUCACGUGCGACAAAGAGACUGGAGGCACGUUUAACGCCGCUAAAGAAAUCAUCAAGCGCGUGAAAGAG